AUGGCCGACGCAGAUGCACAAGUCGCCGCCAUGACCGCUGCCCUGACUCAGGUUGGCGCUCAGUUCCUUGCCCAACUCCAAGCGCAGCAAGCAGCUGCAGCGGCACCUGCACCUCCUGCUCGUACUGCAGUGUACAACCUUCAUGAUUCCGGACAACCAGUUGACCUAUCCUCUCGCAGUGGUGCCGCCGCCGCAGACAAGGCAUCUGCCAAACUCCCAACUGAAAUUACAGGCGACGAAACAGAAGUUGUUAUCUGGAUACAGGACCUUAAACUCCACUGCAGCGAAACUUACAUGGACGUUGCAGGACCCACGGGCAUUCUACAUUUUGGAGGCAAGAACCUACUGACAGACUAUCACUCCAUUCUGAUGACUGAUGUUGUGAGUCAAGCUACUCUAAGAACGGAUCCUCGAGCUAGACAAAACUCUAGCUGGCUUUUCAAAUGCAUUCAAAGCAGCCUUUCUCCUGCACUACUACUUCAACUUUUUGGUUUGAACGGCAGCAUGCCAACUCUUGGACAAGGGGAUGGACCCACAUUGUUCAAAGCCAUCAUGGACACUACUGCAUCAGCUUCCCUUCUUGUAUCAAUGCAAGCCCUUACAGACCUUGGCGUUCUUGACCCCGCGGAUUUUGACUUUGACAUCAAGAAGAUCAAUGCUAAAGCAAGCCAACUGAUUGCUCUGGCCACCACUUCGGCCCGAUCCCUCUCUGACCCGGAAUGCCUCCAACUGCUCCUCACCGUCUACAGUCGAAUCAAACAGCCUCAUGCUUGGUUCUCGUGGGUACAACAGAAGAUCAAUGACUUCGAAGAAGGCCGACUGAGCGCGCCUCCAGUUGCGUUUGAACAAGAGUGUGCUACUCAUGGAGUGUCCAUCCGACAUUACCAUGCUGAUAACGGAUUAUUCGACACCAAGGCCUUUCGCAAUUCAAUUACUAAGGCCGGUCAAGGUUUGACGUUCUGUGGUGUCAAUGCGCACCAUCAGAAUGGGAAAGCCGAGAGAAAGAUCAAAGAAGUGACAGAAGGGGCAAGAACUGCAUUGAUUCAUGCUGCUCAUCGAUGGCCGGAUGCCAUUCAUGCGGCUCUGUGGCCAGCCGCUCUCAAGAACUACACUAAUCUGAAGAAUUCGCUUCCAACCAAAUACACACCUGAAAUCAAAGUGAGAGGACGCAUCAAGCAACAUGCCAAAUACGAAGAAUCUCCCAUAUCAAAGAUGGCCCAAGUUGAAGUGGAACCAAAUCUUGAUCAUUUUCACCCUUUCGGAUCUCCGGUGUACGUGCUUGAAGACAGCUUGCAAGCCCAACAUUCGCACAACAAAUGGGCGGAUCGGAGUCGAGUAGGCAUAUUCCUUUGCCACUCUCCCAAUCAUGCAUCCAGUGUACCGUUAGUGCUGAACACAAGAACAGGCAACGUGUCUCCCCAGUUCCAUUGCAUCUACGACGAUGCUUUUGACACUUGUAAGAGAGAUGUCCAUUUUACCUCAUCUUGGCAACGCAAAGCUCAGUUGCACAGAGACAAGACAAAGGAAGUCAUUGACCUUCCAUCUACUGAUCUCUUUGCCAAGAAUCAGAAUCAACAGGAGGUUCCGCUGCCGGCUGUACCCCAAUUCAUCACACAAUGGGACGACGAACAUACCAUUGGAGAACUAACCAACGACUUCAACACUACUGAAGAUCCCAAGACAAUUACCUCCCCUCCGGGAGAAAACCAAGAAUCCGAACAUGCAUCAAUUCAGGAACCCGAAAUACGCAGGACCAGAUCGGGACGACAUUCCAGACCGAAUCCAAGAAUAUUCAACGACCAAAUGGCAACCGCCAACUCUGCAUAUCUAGAAACUUUUUCACCAGCUCUCGACCAUGAAGAGCUCCAAGGACAUGAACUACUACAAGCGGAUCACUCAGAGGAGCCACACCCAUUUGCAUCAAUCUUUGCACUUGCUGGAUCAGCUGAUCCAGACACCUUGACAUUUGACGAAGCAAUGAAGGCUCACGACCGAGCCGAAUUCAUCAAAGCCAUGUACAAAGAACUUGGCGAUCACAUUGGAAGAAAGCAUUGGAAGGUUGUACCCAUCAGAAGUAUUCCAACAUACAGUGGCAAAAGAGCAAUUCCCAUGGUUUGGGCGAUGAAAAGAAAGAAGAACCCCCUUGGGGAGAUAAUCAAGUGGAAAGCUAGAUUGUGCGCUGGCGGCCAUCGAUCCAUUGAGAAUGUUGAUUACUGGGAUACGUAUGCACCCGUGGUGUCAUGGAGCACUGUACGUCUCAUGGUCAUCUUUGCCCUCAUCAACAACUGGCAUAUGGAGUCAAUUGACUUUGUCCUAGCAUAUCCGCAAGCUCCCAUCAAGACCGACAUCUUCAUGCAACCACCAAGAGUUCCUCCAAAGUUUGUGAUUCCUGAUAUGCCUCGGCCAGGCGACCGAUUCACCAGUGUGUACAAGUUAUUACAGAAUUUAUAUGGACUCAAAGACGCGGGACGAACAUGGGGUCAAUUUCUUCACAAGGGAUUGAUCGAUCGCGGAUGGCAACAAUCAAGCAUCGAUUCUUGCUUAUACACAAAACAGGACAUCAUAUUGGUACUCUACUUUGAUGAUGCCUGUCUCAUGUCCCCAAACAAAGCUUUGAUCAAUAAAGAAAUCAAAUCCCUACAGGAACAAUACAAUUUGACGGACGAUGGGGAACUGCAAGACUAUCUUGGUACUUGUUUCACAAAACAACCCGACGGAUCGAUCCUUCUUGAACAGCCUCGCAUGAUUCAACGGAUAUUAGAAAUGGUCGGGCUCACUGCUGACCAAGUCAAAACUCACGACAGUCCAGCUUCCAGUGCAAACAUAUCAGACAAGGACCCAGACGGUAAGGCUCAUGAUUAUCCGUGGAACUACAGAUCGGUGGUUGGCAGCCUUAGUUAUUUACAGGCCAUGAUUCGCCCGGAUCUCACAAUGGCAGUGCAACAGUGUGCUCGAUUUUGCAAUGAUCCAAAAGAGUCUCAUGGUACUGCAGUCAAAAGAAUCUGCAGGUACUUGCAUUCGACACAACAUCAAGGGCUUCGAUUCAAGCCAGAUCCUACGAAAGGGUUGGAAUGUUAUGUCGAUGCGGAUUGGGCCGGCUCUUGGCAAGACCGCACAUCAACUGAUCCUUUGUCUGCAAGAUCUCGAACAGGAUACAUCAUUACCUACGCUGGAUGUCCCAUUAUUUGGGCAUCAAAGCUUCAAACAUUGGUUGCAUUAUCUACGACUGAAGCUGAAUAUAUUGCAUUAUCUACGUCUCUACGUGAAGUCAUUGCUGUUAUGAAUCUGGUAAAUGAAUUACGUUCGUUGGGUUUCAACUUAUCUAUGGAUACCCCAAAGGUUGUAUGCACUGUUUUUGAAGAUAAUCGCAGCUGCCUCGAGAUUGCAACAAAUCACCGAACAAGACCAAGGACUAAGCACUUGUCUGUCCGACUGCAUCAUUUUCGUUCUCACAUAUUGGCGAAAACCAUAAUCAUCAAGCAUGUCUCUACAAAAGAGCAGAUGGCCGAUAUUUUCACCAAACCACUUCCUAAAGAUCAAUUCAUCAGACUUCGCAACCGUUUCAUGGGUUGGGACUCUCUUGGCAAGAGGGAGUGA